GUAUUUUGUAACAUUUUAAUAAUGGAUUAAAUAUGUCGCUAAUAACACUGAUUUAAUAUAUUUCGUUAGUCUAUGAUAAUUUGUUGAAAAAGAGUACACCGGAUGCCCCCAAAGAAGAAAAAGCAAAGAAAGAGAUCUGGAAAAUCCAAAUCUAAGAUUUCCUAGAUCCGAGCCGAAGCCACCUAUGUCGCCGCCGUCCAUGGCAUCGCCCUACGCCAUGUGCUGAAGCUCGCCACACCAGUGGAAGUUUGCACGCUGUUCCCAGGAGGCUUUAUCGUCACUCCGGCCGCCGUCACGUGCCAUUGCGGAAGAUGGCCGCUGACCGGAGACAUCAUCGCCGGUACGCCCGCUAUCACGCGCUACAGCGGAAGCUGACUGCCUGCUGAAGGUCACAGGCCUAGCCACGCGCCAUCUUCAGCAAAUAUUAGAAAGGAAGGAGCUAUCCAGAUCUGUUCCGGUGAGGAGAAAAGGGAUUUCGACGUUACAGCUAACACCUUGCCACCACCGCUACCCCCGAGGGCCCUUCCUGGUAUGGGCCAUCUCCAACACAUCUCUGUCUGCCUCUCUCCUAGUUGCUCCGUCACCUCCCUUGCGCCAACGUCACUUGAUGGUAGCGGCUCGUGAGGAAGUAUGGCUCAAGCUAACUAGCUAGGUCCAGCGACGCUACCCCCCAACUCCUAAAACCCGAGGUCUUGGCUGCUUCACGAACCAGUGCUUUAGUCCUUCAUCAGAUGGAUGGAGGCAAUGGGGGGCCAGGUCAAACUCCAAUGGGACAAGAUUCAUGGCGCAAUCAAUUUUUUCAAAAGGCCGCCAGUAAAACACUCCAUUUCAGCCCAAAUAAAAAGCUAAGUACUCUUAAACUAUCUUCAUACAAUUAAUAUAUGGACACAUUUGAUAAGAUGAUUUACAAAAAAAUCGUAAAUGAAAUAUUUUAAUAAUAUAGCAUCAAACUUCAAUCUCAAGGGGCGAGUCAUCCGUGAAAAGACCCGUAAAUAGCGUCUAUUAUUAAUUAUAUUAUUUCCACCACCAUUAUGGCGGGUUAAAAACCCCCGAGGUGGUGAAGACCAUUAUGAGGGAUUAAAAUUUCCCGAGGUCGCUAAUGAUGCAUUAUUAUUGGCAUUACUAUUUUUAUCAUCGUCAUUAGAGCGGGUCAAAAAACCCCAAAGUGGUGGACCCGAGCUCUAGUCUACUGAACAUCUUUAUUUGAUGAUUUGAAUUAUAUUUAGGUCCAUCGACCUACCCUAGUCACCUUUAUUUGGUGACUCGAGCAUCUGAAAAUGAGAGCCGCUACCGCCCGCACAUGGCAUUAUGCCCGAGAGCGGUAAACGGUACACCUCGUUCUCCGAGACGCUAAUCGCGUCGCCCAAAAGCCGUUGCCAUGAACAACGCACCUAUUGUAUUCCGCUUAUUUUUUGGAAAUGUAAAUAGAAGAUACCACGUGUCGUAUCGGCAGCCUUCGAGCGAAAGGCUCAGGUCUACUCCAUUGUAUUUUGUAUCAGCGAAGGACUCAGGCCUAGCUGAGAGAGCACAUCGUCCUGGCCCCAUAAGCCUAGAGUGAAACACUCAGGUAUGGCCGACGAUGUCCCCAGGACGAUGGGCCCACAAACGGCCCGCGUCUUGAAAUGGGAAGUUCACCGCGUCGUCCACGCGCCAGAUCGCAGGACGACAGACCUGAAAUCAUGGCCGAGGUGGCAGAAUCCCCCCACUCAGGGUUGGGCAACGGCAGCCGUUGGAAACCAACCAAAAGUCUAGCCCGCGUCAUAAAUAGGCGACGGGACCCCCUGAGAUCACGGAUGUUAUAAACGAAGUCCGAACCGGCCGAAGGACGAGCACACCCUUCGGCCAAAGCCUGAAAGAAGGAUACUCCCCGAAAUAGGGAACGGAAACGGAAAUAAAAAAAAAAAAGAGGAAAGGAAAAAGGGAAAAUAAAAGAGGGAAGCUGAGGACCGCGCGCACUUGCCGGCCUCGAGCAACAAAAAAUGAAAUCCCCACAACAAUACUAAGUACAUAUCAGGCAAAUACUACACAUUAUGGACGAAGCAAGACCAUACAUGCGGAUUAGACGAGCGCUCAGCGCCGUCCCUCAUCUUAGAUGAGCGCCUAGCGCCGUCCUCCAUUUGUAGACGAGCGCCCAGCGCCGUCCCUCAUUUUUUAGACGAGCGCCCAGCGCCGUCCAUCAUUUUCAGACGAGCGCCCAGCGCUGUCCCUCAUUUUCAGACGAGCGCCCAGCGCCGUCCUUCAUUCUUAGAUGAACGCCCAACGCCGUCCCUCAUUUUUUAGACGAGCGCCCAGCGCCGUCCAUCAUUUUCAGACGAGCGCCCAGCGCCGUCCCUCAUUUUCAUACGAGCGCCCAGCGCCGUCCAUCAUCUCAGACGAGCGCCCAGCGCCGUCCAUCAUCUCAGACGAGCGCCCAGCGCCGUCCAUCAUCUCAGACGAGCGCCCAGCGCCGUCCAUCAUCUUAGACGAGCGCCCAGCGCCGCCCCUCAUCUUAGACGAGCGCCCAACGCCGUCCUUCAUUCUUAGACGAGCGCCCAGCGCCGUCCUUCAUUUUCAGACGAGCGCCCAGCGUCGUCCAUCAUCUCAGACGAGCGCCCAGCGUCGUCCAUCAUCUCAGACGAGCGCCCAGCGCCGUCCAUCAUCUCAGACGAGCGCCCAGCGCCGUCCAUCAUCUCAGACGAGCGCCCAGCGCCGUCCAUCAUCUCAGACGAGCUCCCAGCGCCGUCCAUCAUUUCUCAGACGAGCGCCCAACGCCGUCCCUCAUUAUAGGACCGGCUCUUCAUCGCCAUUGUCCUCACAUCACGACCGGCCCCUCGGCCUCGGCGUGAUCAUCUAUCUCAAGACCGGCUUCCUCAGCGCCGCGAGUUUUGAGCCAGCGAUCGGGCUCACCAUCCCUUCCUGGAUGGUGACCAUCGCCUUUAUAUGACGAUCAACUUCAUCAGUGCCUCGUCAUCGUAUUAUAGGACCGGCUCCUCAUCGUCGUUGUCCUCACAUCACGACCGGCCCCUCGGCCUCAGCGUGAUCAUCUAUCUCAAGACCGGCUUCCUCAGCGCCGAGAGUCUUGAGAUGGCGAUCGAGCUCAUCAUCCCUUCCCGGAUGGUGACCAUCGCCUCUAUAUGACGAUCAGCUUCACCAUCGCCUCGUCAUCAUUAUUUGGACCGACUCCUCAUCGUCGUUGUCCUCACAUCACGACCGGCCCAUCGGCCUCGGCGUGAUCAUCUAUCUCAAGACCGGCUUCCUCAGCGCCGCGAGUCUUGAGCCAGCGAUCGGGCUCACCAUCCCUUCCUGGAUGGUGACCAUCGCCUUUAUAUGACGAUCAGCUUCAUCAGCGCCUCGUCAUCAUAUUAUAGGACCGGCUCCUCAUCGCCGUUGUCCUCACAUCAUGCCCGGCCCCUCGGCCUCGGCGUGAUUAUCUAUCUCAAGACCGGCUUCCUCAGCGCCGCGAGUCUUGAGCCAGCGAUCGGGCUCACCAUCCCUUCCUGGAUGGUGACCAUCGCCUUUAUAUGACGAUCAGCUUCAUCACCGCCUCGUCAUCAUAUUAUAGAACCGGCUCCUCAUCGCCGUUGUCCUCACAUCAUGCCCGGCCCCUCGGCCUCGACGUGAUUAUCUAUCUCAAGACCGGCUUCCUCAGCGCCGAGAGUCUUGAGCUGGUGAUCGGGCUCAUCAUCCCUUUCCGGAUGGUGACCAUCGCCUCUAUAUGACGAUCGGCUUCACCAUCGCCUCGUCAUCAUUAUUUUGACCGACUCCUCAUCGUCGUCGUCCUCAUAUCACGAUCGACCCCCUCGGCCUCGACGUGAUUAUUAAUCUCGAGACCGGUCUUAGUCAUCCCUUCCCGGAUGGCGACCGUUGCAUGGAUCUUCGGACCGGCCCCUCAGUGCCUUCGUCCUCAUAUCACGACCGGCCCCCUCGGCCUCGACGUGAUUAUUUAUCUCGAAACCGGUCUUAGUCAUCCCUUCCCGGAUGGCGACCGUUGCAUGGAUCUUCGGACCGGCCCCUCAGUGCCUUCGUCCUCAUACACGACCGGCCCCGUCGGCCUCGACGUGAUUAUUUAUCUCGAGACCGGUCUUAGUCAUUCCUUUACCGAAUGACGACCGUUGCAUGGACUUUUGGACCGGCCCCUCAUCACCGUCGUCCUCACAUCAUGCCCGGCCCCUCGGCCUCGGCGUGAUUAUCUAUCUCAAGACCGGCUUCCUCAGCGCGGAGAGUCUUGACCUGGCGAUCGGGCUCACCAUCCCUUCCUGGAUGGUGACCGUCGCUUUUAUAUGACGAUUGGCCCAUCAUGGCCUUGUCAUCAUUUAUUGGAACGGCUCAUCAUCGCCGUCAUGCUCACAUCGCGGCAGACCCCUCGGUCUCAACGCGAUCUUGAGCUAGCGACUGGGCUCACCAUCCCUUCCUGGAUGGUGACCAUCGCCUCUAUAUGACGGCCGGCUCAUCAUUGCCCCGUCAUCAUAUUUCGGAUUGGCUCUUUUCAUCGCCAUCCGCGCAUCACGACCGGCCCCUCGGCCUCGGUGUGACUAUCUAUCUCAAGAUCGGCUUCCUCAGCGCCGAGAGUCUUGAGCUAGCGAUCGGGCUCGCCAUCCCUUCCUGGAUGGUGACCAUCGCCCUUAUAUGACGAUUGGCUUCAUUCUUGCCUCGUCAUCAUAUCAUUGGAUCGGCUCAUCAUCUCCGUCCGCACAUCACGAUCGGCCCCUCGGCCUCGGCGUGAUUAUCUAUCCCCAAGACCGGUCUCAGUCAUUCCUUCAUCGGAUGGCGACCGCUGCUUUGACUUUUGGAUCAACCUCAUAGUGGUGACGACCUCGCAUCACGAUCGACCCCUCGGCCACGACGUCACACCCUAUCCCAACACCGGCUUCAUCAGCGCCGAGUGUGUUGGGCUAGCGAUCAGGCUCGCCAUCCCCUCCUGGAUGGUGACUAUCGCCUCUAUAUGACGAUCGGCUCCAUCAUCGCCUCGUCAUCAUAUUUCGGACUGGCUCCUCAUCAUUGUCAUCCGCACAUCGUGAUCAACCUCUCGGCCGCGACGUGAUUAUUUAUCUCAAGACCGGCUCCCAGCGCCGAAGUCUUGUUAUAGCGAUUAGGCUCGCCAUUCCCUUCCUGGAUGGUGACCGUCACCCCUAUAUGACGCACGGCUCAUCAUCGCCUCGUCCUCACAUUUAGACCGGCCCCAGCGCCAAAGUCCUUAUCUAGCGACCAGGCUCUCCAUUCCCUUCCUGGAUGGUGACCGUCGCCUUCAUAUGAUGCAUGGCUUAUCAUCGCCUCGUCCCCAUAUUCGGACCGGCUCACCAGCGCCAUCGUCCCCAUAUUCAGACCGGUUCGUCAGCGCUGUCGUCCUCAUAUUCGGACCGACUCAUCAGCGUCGUCGUCCUCGUAUUCAGACAGGCGUCCACCGCCUCGUCCCCCUAUUCAGAUAUAGCGAACAUCUUGCGGUCUCCGGCCGAAAGGCUAAAGGAACCCAGAGUUCAGCCAUAUAUCGCUCCGUCAUCUUUAUUUGAUGACGCAAAGCUCAUUUGCAGGCCCAUCGGCCAUAUAUCGCUCUGUCAUCUUUAUUUGAUGAUGAAGAGCUCAUUUGUAGGCCCAUCGGCCAUAUAUCGCUCUGUCAUCUUUAUUUAAUGACGAAGAGCUCAUCUACAGGACCAUCGGCCAUAUAUCGUUCUGUCAUCUUUAUUUGAUGACGAGGAACUCAUUUGUAGGCCUCUGAGCCACAUCUUGCUCCGUCAUCUUUAUUUGAUGACGCGAAGCUCAGUUGCAGGCCCAUCGGGCAUAUAUCGCCUCGUCAUCUUUAUUUGAUGACGCGAAGCUCAUUUACAGGCCCAUCGGCCAUAUCUCGCUCCGUCAUAUUUAUUUGAUGACAUGGCGCUCGCAUAUAGGCCUCUGAGCCAUACAUCACCCCGUCAUCUUUAUUUGAUGAUGUGGGGCUCUCAUGUAGGCCUCUCGGCCAUACGUCGCCCCGUCAUCUUUAUUUGAUGACGUGGAGCUCUCAUAUAGGCCUCUCUCGGCCAUACAUCACCCCGUCAUCUUUAUUUGAUGAUGUGGGGCUCUCAUGUAGGCCUCUCGGCCAUACGUCGCCCCAUCAUCUUUAUUUGAUGACGUGGAGCUCUCAUAUAGGCCUCUCUCGGCCAUACAUCGCACCGUCGUCUUUAUUUGACGACGUGGGGCUCUUAUGCAGGCCCCUCGGCCACACCAUCGCCUCGUCGUCUUUAUUUGACGACGUGGAGCUCUUAUGCAGGCCCCUCGGCCGCACACAUCGCCCAAUCGUCUUUAUUUGACGACGUGGAGCACUUAUGCAGGCCCCUCGGCCGCACCAUCACCCCGUCGUCUUUAUUUGAUGACGUGGAGCUCUUAUGCAGGCCCCUCGGCCGCACCAUCACCCCGUCGUCUUUAUUUGACGACGUGGAGCUCUUAUGCAGGCCCCUCGGCCGCACCAUCGCCCCGUCGUCUUUAUUUGACGACGUGGAGCUCUUAUGCAGGCCCCUCGGCCAUACAUCGCCUCGUUUUCCUUAUUCGACAACAUGGAGCUCUCGUACAGGCCUCUCGGCCCAUCGGCCUUACGUUCUGGUCAUCUUUAUUUGAUGAACCAGACAUCAUAUUGUGGACGGUCGCUCGACCCAUCCCUUAGUCAUCUUUAUUUGAUGACUAGGACUACUGAUCAUGAUGAGCUACCCACAUCUAGAGAUCGGCCUCGACCAUCGCCCCAGCAGAUGGGCACCGCUGCAGCUCCAUCUCCAGGCCGAAGGGUUCGCACCUUUUGUUUCAUUUUGGGGGCAUCCGGUGUACUCUUUUUCCCUCAUUAGGAUUUUUUCCCACAGGGUUUUUCCUAAUGAGGUUUUUAACGAGGCAUCUCCCCAUCGUGGAUCAAAAGGUGUCAACCCUCGGCCCCCUGUUGAAGACAUCAUCCGACACGCAUUACUCUACUCCUCUUCACCUCAUUACACUCGCCUCAAGGAGUGGGGGACUGGAAGAGCGGGGGACUUAGCGCCUCCGUUAACCAAAGAAGCAGAAAUUCAAAUUUUUGUUCAUGAAGUUUACUCACCAGACGGCGACAGAUCAGCACACAGUUCUACUCUCUUUCGCCUCGAAUACUCUCGACUCAGAGAGUGGGGGACUCCUGAUAGAGUAUAUAGACUCGGACCCCCGGGUCUCACGACUAUUGGGCCCGGACAGCGGCCCAUACACAUCUUACGGAUAUCAUUUGUAUUAUUGUACUGCUUAUAUGUCAUUUGUAUGUAACUAUGUACUAGAUUAGUCUUUUAUGUAGUUGGGCUACCGGGCCCAUAUUAGCGGCCCGGCCCAUUAUUUCCCUAUUUAUACUCCUCUUGGAGCCAUUUGUAACUCUAGAACAUUACUCAUUCACACUCUACUAUUCAUUCAUCUUCUUCACUAUCUUUAGCUCAAAUCUCUCCUAAUUAUAUAAGAUUGGAUACCC